UCUUGAGAGAAAGGCGCAUUUUGUUCUAUCGAAUUAUCUUCAAAUUCACGUGCAUAAACUGCAAUAUCUAUGUUGUCAGUUUGUGUAUGGACAAGCUGCAAGUACUGCACGUACUGAACAUCGGAAGAAAUAAAGCGUUUUGUUUUGGUGCAUCUUCAUUGAACACAAACAUGAAAAUGGUGGAUUGAUAUGCGAAAGUGCCUUGUCAUAAAGCAUUUGGCUGAGGUGGAUUGUUAAGAACAAAAACGGAUGAAAGAUUUCAAAUGGUGAAUGAGUAAGAACUGCAAACAGAUAGCAUAUUUGUCCAUAAGAUGGAAAAUAAUGAAGAGCACGAGCCAUUAUUUAGUAUAGAUGGAUUUGGAUUUGACAGCACCAUAGACACAUUGUUUGGUAAUACAAGUGAGAAAUCGGAGGAUUUCAGGCCACCAGUAGAUGUGAUGUCGGCCCCUGCUGGUUUGGACAUAACGGAGGGAACAUCUGAUCUGAGUUUCAUAACCGACAUGGCAGAUUCUUCUGAUGUAGGCCUGAGUACACCAAGUUUACAGAACUGUAGUGUGGAUGAGGCAAGCUCUGAUCAGGGGGUUAUGCAGGAUCUUGAUAUGGACGAGGCAUUGCUUAUGGACAUGAAUGAUGUGCAUCAAAAUAAACGAGUGUCAAAUGAAGGUAGUCAGGCUAGUGUUGAAGUCUACUCUGACAUGGAAAAGGAUUCAAAUGAUGACCAAAGUGGAUUAAAGCAAGAUAAUUGCACUCUAAAAGAACUCGGCCUUGAUAUAAGUACUUCAGACUUGUCUGAUACAAUGGACUCUAAGGACAACUUUGAAAACCUAUCAGCAACGAAAAUUGCUGAAGUUGACAAACCAAGGAAGCAAAACAUUGUCCCCAACAAUAUCAGUAAUAAAAGCAGUGACACAAAGGAAAAAGACAAAUCGGAAAUUGACAGUGCAAAAGAGGUAAAACCUUUCAAAGAAAACAAAUCCAUCAGGAGCAGCAGAAGUUCAAGAAAAUCAAGCAAAAGUGAAAAGGUGGAAGAUGGUGACAUCACAGAUAAAGACAUCAUAAAGAAACAGGAAUCAGAAAACAGCCAGAAAUCCCGCAAGGAUUUCCAAUCUUUAAAAGAGUCAAAAAGCACUAGCUUUGCUAUUACAAUUGCAAAUAACUUGCCAACUUCAAACAAAGAAGAUGCUAAAAUUCAGGAAACUGUUGAGAAGGACAAACAGGUUAAAGAUAAACAUAAGGAAAAAGAAGUGAAGUCUAAAAGCAACGAACACAAACCCAAAGAAGAACAACAGAAGCCUAAGAUUGAAGAACAAAAUGAGAAGGAGAAAAUAUCAAGCCACAAGGAGAAGAAAUCUUCUUCAAAAGAUAAAAGGACAAAAUCAGAAAGUAAUAAAGAUGUCUCAGUAGCAAAGGGUUCUCAAAAUAAAGAUGAAAUUAAGGGUAACUCAGCUCUUGUCAAAGACAGUAAAAGAACAGAAGAAAGCAUAUCUAAAGUAAAGGUUGAAAGUAAAACUGAUGAACAGAAAAAGAAAAGCACUGAAGGGAGUAGACUUCAAGAGGCUCCAGUAGAUGAGAAGACAAGAAGAAACAAACACAAGUCAUCUUCAAAAGAUAAGGACAAGAAAAAGGUUGAUGAAAGAAAACUAAACACUAAAAUAGUUGACAGCACGAAGCUAGAAAGCACUACUGAAACAAAGAAAAGUAUAGUUGACAAAAGCAAAACAUUUGCGGUCAGUAAUACUGAGAAUUCAUCUAAGAAAGACACUGAUAUUAGCAGCCAGAAUAGUAUGAAAAGUCCUCCAAGCACGAAAUCUGAUAGUUCAGAUAGUGGAAAAAUUACAGUAGUGGAGAACAAGCCUCAAAGGCCUAUAAAAAGCAUUCUUAAAAGAUCUGAUUCACAACCUUAUGAACCACCUUCUGUUACACUCCAGACAUCGACAACAGAAGUUACGAAACAAGAAUCAAAGCAAAGACUAAGCAUAAGUGACUAUAAAAAUAGGAAAAGAAAACAAAUGGCAACUGAAGAAACAAAUAUUCAACCAACUAAGCAGAUGAAAAAAAGUCAAAAGAUUGUCUCAGAGGUAAUGGCAAGUUUAAAAAGUCCAGAUGAUGAUCUAAUGAACACCGCUAUAGCCACUGAUAUUGACAUUGACUUUGAUUUAAUAACACCUUCUACAGAAGUUAAAAGGGAGAAAAAAGAAGAUUAUGAUCUUGCUGAACCUAUAGAGGGCAAUCCAAAAGUAGAAAAUUCUGAUAAAGAUAUCACUGAAGAUAAUUUGAAUGAGGAAAAGAUGGACAUCAGUGAUUCCAAAGAAAUUGGUAACGGUGAUAUGAGAACAAAGCAGCAGCAUGUUAAACCAGUGACAGAAAAUUGUCAGACUGAAAACAAUGAUAAAAAAGGUACUUCAAAUGAAAGUAUUGAAAAGAAUGAUGUUAUCAUUAAAGAAGAAAAAAGUGAAACAGAGAAUAGUGCCGGUAAUGAGGAUGAGAAAUAUGAUUUUAUCAGUGGCGAUGAUGAUGAUGAUUUAAUGAAUGUGAGUGACAGUGAGCCAAUGGAUGACAGUGAGCUGUAUUCCUGGAUUGAAGAUGGUGUUGAACCUAGACCAGAGCUGAAAAAGAGACCAAAGCAGCUGUCAGACUUGGAAAUGGCAAGAAAACAGUUGAAAGAUGGAGAGUAUAUAUCAUCAGAGAAAUAUGUAUUGGAAGAAAAGGCAAAAGACCCAUUUGAUGUUUUACCCGAGGGCUGGAUAUGUGUGUCCCACAAUAGCGGUAUGCCAGUCUACCUACACAGGGCUUCUCGGGUGUGCACAACAACACGACCAUAUUUCUUGGGCAGUGGCAGUCUACGGGCCCAUGCGAUCCCCAUGAGCGCUGUGCCUUGCUUGCAGUACAGAAAUGCUCUAGCUGCAGAACAGGAAGCAAAGAAAAAUGCAGAUGAGAAGAAAACUGAGGAGGCGGGUGAAGAGGCAGGGGCCACAGAUAUUCAGAGGUUGGAAACCGGAGCUCAGACUGAGGGGACAACAGGGGCCACAAAUACCAUGGAAGAGGGCAGUGAAGCAGGGAAGCCAGGCAGCACAGGAGUAGCCUCAACAGAGGGGGCUCCAAUCGGUGGUCUGGUGGCAGAUGUAAUGGAAGUGAAGGAUCUCCAACAGAAGGUGGUCGUUGAUUCUGAAGAGCUACGAGAAUACUGUUCCAAACUGUUUGUUUUUACCAAGCUUGAGGUGAAAAAAUUCAAGACUUGGAAGGAGAAAAGAAAGCACAUGGUAGCUGAGGCUAAAAAGAAACUGUACUCCGUUCCAAGACUGGGUGCUGGUGCAAAGUUGAUUAAAUGUGUAGUUCCAACUGAUGAAAGGGCUGUUGACCAUGGAAAACCAACCAAAAAAGAAUUUGUGCUUAAUCCGGAAGGGAAAACUCCUCUGUGCAUUUUACAUGAGUAUUGUCAGAAUGUGAUACACAGUCAGCCCACAUAUGUCUUUAAGGAAAUAGAGAAUGCUGAGAUGCCAUUCCAAGCCUCUGUGAUCAUCAACAAAAUGUGUUACGGGAGCGGUAUCGGUGUUUCCAAGAGAAUGGCCAAAAACAAGUCAGCCCAGAAUGUGUUGAACGUGUUCCUGCCGUGUAUGAAGGACCAGUGGGGCGAUGACAAAGACAAGGAGGAGGACUACUCUUACUUUGAGAAUGUAGCAAUAGACGACCCUCGAGUGGGGAGCCUUUGUGAGAAAGCCUCCGUCAACAAGCCCUACCAGAUACUCUCAGACUGCCUCAGCAGGAACCAUGGCCUAGGAGACACCUCUAUGCAAAUAGACAAGAAGCAGCUUUCUAGUCAGAAAACAGAGUUCACUAUGACUGUUGGCAAGCACAAAUGCUCAGUUGUGGCAGGUAACAAACGUGAGGCAAAGCAGCGUGCAGCCCAGGCCAUGUUACAGCUUCUCCAUCCAAGUCUUACCAGUUGGGCCGCUAUCCUCCGCAUGUACCACUACGCUCCAAAGGGCAACUACCAGCCUGUGGUACCUGAGCUGGUGGAGGCGGACACAAAGAAGAACUUUGAGAUUCUGACCAACCUGAAGAAGGCCAUGGUGGAAAUGAGGGAACAGCAGAAGAAAAAGAAUAAAGUAGAGCAGCAGAGUUUGGCAACCAGUACAGCUGUCCUUAACUUGUGAUGCAAGGAGUGUCCACUAGUCAAGUUAAGAUCUCCGCUCAGCUGUCCAGAAAUGUGUAGCUUCAUGUGCUAACUGACAUGCGAUCUGUACCAUUAUGUGCUAACUGACCAAUAGCUGUCAACUUGUCAAUGGCUAAAGCUGGUCAGUUCUAAGACAGUUGGUCCUAUUAGCUGGUCCCACAAUAUAGACAUUGACACUUACAAUGGAAGUGUAAGGGGAGGUAUUACUGUAAACUCUUUACUAUGCUCUUAUAAAAAAGGUACACAGUGAUUCGAGAUUACAUGUUGAAAUAUGUUGAACCAUUCACAUUGAAAGAAGUGCCAUGAAGUUAUGCAUGUUGUUCAAGUUACAUGUAAGUUUGUCAAUGUUAAAUGUCUAUUUCUGACGAGUGUAUCAGCCAGCUUUUCCAUCUUGUUGACAUUUAUUUCCCUGUUUGCAUUGUGCUACAUUUUUCUUUCAUUAAAACAAUGUUUUUUUCAUUGUGGUUAAUUAUAUUAUACAAUUCGAUCAACUUUUCAAUAUUGUAAAUAAAUAUGAUAUAAUAUUUGUA